AUGCCAGAGAACGUUUCUUUCCUCAGGAACCGCACGGAACUGGGUCGACCAUUGGGAGCGGGUGUGCGUCCUGCCUGGGCUAUCGCGGUGCUGGCCAGCGUGCUGAUCUUCACCACCGUGGUAGAUGUAUUGGGGAAUCUGCUUGUGAUCAUCUCCGUAUUUAGAAAUCGGAAGCUGAGAAACGCCGGUAAUGUGUUUGUCGUGAGCCUGGCUUUUGCGGACCUGGUGGUGGCCUUCUAUCCAUACCCACUGGUUCUGUACGCCAUCUUCCAUGAUGGCUGGUCCCUGGGCGACACACAGUGCAAGGUGAGCGGCUUCCUGAUGGGGCUGAGCGUCAUAGGCUCCAUCUUCAACAUCACCGGCAUCGCCGUCAACCGCUACUGCUACAUCUGUCAUAGCCUGGCCUAUGACAAGCUCUACAGCUUCCGCAACACCCUGAUGUUCGUCGGACUCAUCUGGGUGCUGACCGUCGUCGCCAUCGUGCCCAACUUCUUUGUUGGCUCACUGCGGUAUGACCCGCGUGUCUACUCCUGCACUUUUGCCCAGACAGCAAGCAGCUCUUACACCAUUGCAGUUGUGGUGGUCCACUUCCUAGUGCCUAUUGCCGUGGUCACGUUCUGCUACCUACGGAUUUGGGUCCUGGUCAUCCAGGUGCGACGGAAGGUUAAGAGCGAGGUCCGCCCACGACUCAAGCCCAGCGACCUGAGGAACUUCAUCACCAUGUUCGUAGUGUUUGUGCUCUUUGCUAUCUGCUGGGCGCCACUGAACCUUAUCGGGUUGGCUGUGGCCAUUGACCCCCCAAGUGUGGGCCCCAGUAUCCCAGAGUGGCUCUUUGUUGUAAGCUACUUCAUGGCGUACUUCAACAGCUGCCUCAACGCUAUCAUCUACGGUCUGCUGAACCGGAACUUCCGGAAGGAGUACAAGCGCAUCAUCAUGUCCGUGUGGGCGCCCAGGCGCUUCCACACUGAGACAUCUAGAGGGGGUACAGAGGGCCUAAAGAGCAAGCCCUCCCCAGGGCUCAAUAACAACGAGUAGCAGGAAAAUGCAAAAUUCUGUAAUAACCUGUUUCUGGUAUACUCUUCUGUGUAGCUUGCAUGGAUCAUGGGGAAUAGUGCCAAUUU